AUGUUAGGUAAUUUACAUAUUAAGCCUUACACAUUACGUGUUCAGACAACAAUCCCCAGCUUCUCUCCUAUUAUCCUGAAAGACGAAACACUGUGCACGCCUGCGCCUUUUCUCAGUGCGGUCGGUACUUCGCGUUUGCUGAAAACACUACAAAUGUCUUCGUCUACGACUUUAAUUCACUCAUGUAAGUUAAUGGAGAAAUUCGGAAUGACUCACUGUGCUUAAAUAUUUAUACGUCUUUUUAAAAAGCAUACUUCUCGGAUGUUGAAUCCCCUGUUACCAUAUAAUAACAGAACUGUGUAAUAGGGAAGUAACAUGUAUGCCAAUAUCGUGCUGAUUAGCGUUUCCCACCAAGUUUGUUUCGUUGUGUCGUCAAGUGUGCGCAAACGUCUCCCCGAACCCCUACGUCGCCCCUCCUGCGGGAAAUAUCUAAAAGCACAAGGGAGCAUUCUUUUUUCUGGAACUGUUAAGGCAGUGAAAAUAAGUUUUGACACUUAGCAAUAAGUAGAAAGCUGGCUAAUCUGCGGUACUUUAGACUGUUCUGUGAUAGGAAGCGGCCGAGUAACUCUUGGUCACCGGUUAGCCGCUGCGGGGGCAGCCCUCUUCAGAAUGCUCCUAACCAGCCUCGAUCUAUUUGAGUGGGACCCCACCGACGUUCCGACAAAAAAAACCUAUACUUGGAGAUCAAGUGGUCUUUUUGGCACGUUAAUUGUAUAUUUACUGCCAACGCGGGCCUUUGUCACUCUGAUGUUCAGCUUCCUCAAAACGUCUAUACUAUUGAGUAGCUUUUUUUAAUUUUUUUGGCAAGCAGUGGCCGUAUCCUUUUCUUCAUGAGAUUCUGAACCGUCUCCUCCCAACAAUCCAUCAUACAUGGCCGUUGAGCGCAGGUUAAUGAAACCAGUCAUCUCACUGUUUGAUAUGUGUAGAACUCUUUGGAAAGAACUAAUCCCAGCAAGCAUUAUCUGAAGCGACGGCGAAGAGCAUAUUUAGAUCCCCUGAGGCUGAUGCCUGUAUGCUGGUCGCUGACCACCACGGUAUGUCACCGACCCUCUGUUGUGUAACUUAAAGUUCCUGGCACAUAGGGAGAAACGCAGGUAAGUAUAUGAGAAGCGGAGUUUGCGCUUGUCGAGUAAGGCUGUGUGGAAAUCCUCGUUGUGAAUGCGCCGGCGACCGCCAUCACUUGCAGGCUGUAAUUGACGGAAUUCGAUCACAAUGGAAGUAUAGUCUAGAAGUGCCAAAUGAGAUUGAUCAUACAUUUCGCUCAAGUGCUUGUUGAUAUAUUCUGCGGGAAUGGCAAUCUGCAAUUUGGUGCUGUGGCAGUGAAGCCAACCAAUAGCUGAAGACUGACCGAUCCCUGCCCGUCCUUUCACUCAUUUCAAGUACCCGAAUUUCGCCAAUUGAUUCACUGAAGUCGCGGACACAUUUUCAUUUUUUAUUUCAUGUCCAGGUGCGUGACCUUCGCUGCCGUUAGACGUGGAACUACAGUCCUACCGACACGACAAACGACAAAGAAAUGUCAUUUCGUUGAGGACUUUACAUCCGUCGGACUUUUCGCGACGCACGUCUUUGGUGGAACUUAUUUUACUUUAUGUUAUGCAUUAUACGUCGCAAGAAAAAGUAAGAAAGUCGAAAACGGGCCUCCUGUCUGGGACGUAAACGUCAGUACAAGCACGCCCAACACGGUCGAUGUCGCAAGUGGAGUACGCACUUGUUCGAGAUUAAGAGAACCAUCUGGAAUCUCUGGAUUUUUUUAUCCGAAUCCACAUUGUAAUAGUCAUCUUCCAUAACCAAUUCCAACAACAUAUUACUUCGACGUCAAUGACGCCGUGUGCGGUAGAAAGCGCGUUCAUUGCCAGUUUUGUCGCCGAUACGAUUGUAACUCAGUGUUCACCUGUACCCACGCGCUGCCCCUCCCUGUUUAUGCCCCCAUUUCCGUUAACGCGAUCGUGCGGCCGCGCACGUGACGAGCCGCAAUUACGCCGCACUUGCGCCUAAAAGGCCUGCGGACGUUGUUUCCAGAUCCUGCGAUCAGCGUGCAGCGUGGCCGUCAGAACGCUGUGACGGACGCAGCAUGCGCACGUAUAUGCGAGCAAUGCGCAUUAGGUCACGCGUGAUCAUGCGUCAGCCGAUAUGAUACUCACGCUUCAAGGCGGAUUCCUGUCCCAAUUAAUCAGAAAAACGACGUCAUUACUAGCGCGAAAAGUCUACGUAUGUGGACAUGCAUUCGAUGCUGGUUAUACUGGAAGUUUUUCAUUACUAUUAUUGGUUUUGUUACAAGAAAAGUGACAUAAAUUUAAGCCGGAAUUGCAUGUAGUUUAAUUCUGAGUAGACUAAGAUAUUUUUCUGCGUCAGCCACUGCACUUACUCUCAUAUCCAACCUACUCGACUGCAACUUGCCACAGAUACACGGUAGGAGACGCGAGAGUGUGUGAACGACUGUGGCCUAUUACGACAUGCCGAACAUCGUGGCUUGGAAAGUCACCAAAUGACGGGAUAAUCCAGCCUUCAGAAUGAACGUCAAGGUGCAGUGGCUCCUUUCUCUGACUUUGGUGACAUCUUUCAGUUGUUUGGGAUCCUGCCAGUUAUGUUUGCUCUGUGUGGAUUGAGCUGCCAGCAUGUGUGCGGCACGUGAAAUCGGUGGCGACGGUCUUGUCAGCUGUUGAGCUUACGCCUGUCUCAACCGGUCUUUAUCCUGUGUUUCCAUUGAGACACGAUAGAAAUGGGAACAUGAAGUACGAUGGAUACUGCGCACGUCCCCCAUCCUCACUAUAAUCCAACUCACUCUUAAGUCAAUAUCUCCUCCCAAGGCACGUUUGUUCCUCAUGUAAUCCAGUAGGUUAACGGUCUGACUUCGUUUUUCUUCUUCCAUGUUAAAGUUCUUUCCCUUAUGCCACAUAUCGUGCUCUCCACCAGAGACUGUAUCGAACAUGACUCCGACCCUCGCCCAGAUGUCGCCUCGGAGGCAGGCAGGCCCGGAAAUGUAAGAGUCCCGUCUGCAAUUCCUGCUGCACCUCUUCCAACCGGUGUCUGGAUUAAAAGAACGGUCUGGGACGUUAGUGGUCGUGGCGAUCAUGCUGGUGACCAGCACGUAUCCCUUCCUGCCCUAUUAUCUAUCGAAACCAACGGAACCAUCAACCACCUAGCUUUCGGUCAUGGCGAUAUUACUGCCUGUCGUCUUCCUCAUCGACUUCCCAAGCGCCUUUCUCGGGUGACAAAGUCGGAGACCGCGUGUGUCCUCGCCAUUGCUCUCUCUACCGGUUAUAUCGAAGUUUACAAUGUGGACUUGCUGCAUUCAUGUCCCCAAAGUAAGUGUCAUAAGCCUUUUGCUGUUCGUUUAUCUCGCAUCCGUUGUCUGUCUUCAACGGUGUUUCCUUAUUGGGGAUAAAGUUAGUCCACAUCGCCUUGUCUCAGUGGACGUUGUCCACGUGAACGACAGCCCUGCCGCCGACUUACUCCCGAAAGCUUACCGCCGAAUCAAUAUUGUUGUUUCACUUUCUCCUUUAGAUAGACACGCUUUAUUUUCUCCUUUCACUAGUCUGCACAGAGGUUUCUUAUCAUUUCCUUUUUAGCCCUCGCCAAAAUGGUGCUUUUUGAUGGAAACCAGCCCAUCGUUCACAUAACGAUGGCCUCCGACGGUAGUCUACGCCUGGCCUCCGUUAGCUCUAUGGGCGUUGUGAAAUUGUGGGACAUUUGGGACGAUGGUAACAUGUAUGCCACUCUCACCUCCGACGAUGAGGACUCGACCUCCUCCAUCACCUCCUUUAAUGACCUGUUAGAGAUCAAUGCUAAUAAACGCCUAACCAAUGAAAUCAGCGUUGUCGCCUGGCACCCCUUCGGAGAGCACCUCUUCCUUGGGGACGUUCAUGGCUGUGGCCUGAUCUUGCAAGUUCGUAUAAGCAUUUUGAUGUCUUUUGUAAGCCCUUUUGGGUUGUUUUUAGUCAUGAAUGGUUAAAAGUUACUUUUUGAUUCGGCCAUAUAGUUAUUGGUUUAAUCUUGACUUUGGAAUUCCUAACACUCACCUACAUCUUUAGUGUUUCCUCUUUUUACCGUUCCCUUGUGUAACCGACUGAGACUUCCGUCUUUUGUACCCCUCCUCCAAAGCUGACUAGGCACCCACCUUUUCUUGAGAAUCGUGAUCUUAACUUUACUCGUGCGAGUGUGCCGUGCUCGUAGCGAUACAUUCGUAUAUCUCGCGAUAUCUCAACCGCUCAAUGGCUGCAAAAUAGCCCUGUUGGGGUGGGGGGGGAGGACUUUAACCGCUUAAACCUCCUGCGAGUUAAACCCUCCCCUCAUGAGAUUUCUCUCCACAGAUAUAAUUCUAUCUUGGUAAAGGACGGGUAUGUGUGCCUCCCUGAACUAUCUUCCUAAAAGCCCCUACUUAUUUCGCUUUAUUAAAAUAAGCAUGCGGACCAAGUAAAUUUUUUUCUCUUUCCUCUUAUAUAAUACCCCUCUUACCACUCUUCCCAAAUUACACGCGUUCGUGUGCCGUGGUUUGGAAGGGGGGGGGAGAGAGCUCACAGAUCUAUCUUCGAUCCUUGUCCUUUCCUCCGAAAUCUUAUGUUCCCCACCUCUGCACACAAUUUAGCAAUUUUAACAGCAUUCCGAAGCCGACAGCGCCGCGCUUGUAAUACUGUGUGAGACGGCGCAAAAUUAAUCGGUUCUUUCAGUUAUUAGUGAGGAUAGUCGUCUCCGAGAACGACAAAUGGUGCAGCGGGCAGAAUAAAGGCAAUCCUAUUUUCCUUUCCCACGGCUCAGGACGACAGUCGUUGCUCCAGGUCAGCUAACGGCGCGAGGCAUAGUGUUUUUAAGGUAAAGUAGAGUGUUCGAGCUCUGCCACCGUCAAUUUAUUCGUCCCAGAAUCAAUCAUCAGAGGCAAAACAUGCGACAUCUUCGCGAUUAUUUUUGUCAAUUAACCGCCAUCGUUGUAAGUUCGAAGAUUUUUACGUAAGGCAGUAUACACAGGUGGAAAAUCUAUACACCCCUUAGUCCAGUUGCUAUCAUGGCUUUAGGCUCCAGCUAGGUCACGAUUCCUCCUACAUGUUUCUCGGGCGAUUACAUUGGCGGCGACGAAGUCAUGGAAAUGUCCUGUUCCAAGCGUGCGGAUAGCGAUUUGUGACGGCCGAUUACCCCGUUGCGCAUCUCCGUUUUCUUUCCUUGUCCUCAUUACCAUUCGCAUUCAGUUGGUGCGCAUAGUUGCAGGAAUCGUUAAGACGUGGGGUGCAGUACAUUACCCUAAAUUGCCCAGCCGUACUUAACUGGUCUCAAAUUUUCAUGUCGCAGUUGCGGUCCGUCGUUAUAGGAGGGUGUAUAGUCCAGAUCUAUAAGUCCACAACAAUGCGUUCUUGCCCUCCCGGACCAUUUAUUAUGUCCUGUAAGAUGCGCCUUAUUUUCGCUCGUCCUUCCAGCCAAAGUAUCUGACGACGGAAAUAAAGAAGCCGAGAUGCGAAGACUCUUGAGUAGCAAUUCAGCAUUAGUGGUGUGUUUUUAGUGGUUAAUUGCACUGAUUGCCAUAGCCGUCAGGGUCAGUCCCACUUAGUCACAACUGCAAGUGGCUGCUUACUGAGAAUAUGUAGACGCACGCCUAGUCUGUUUCGCUAUAUGGCUGUCCGCUAGCUUCUCACCACUUGCCCUCUGAUCCUAUCCGCCAGCGUACAGGGCGUCGCCCGGAACGACAGGAGUUACGUAGGACACGUUCACUGUGGUAUGAGGUGUUGGUGGAGUGCUAUACCUUGGUGCCAUAACACGCCUAUAUGCUUUUCUUGAAACGCCCUUCUCAGAUGUCGCUUAUCAAAUCAGUUGAGUGGGGCCCAGAGAAGUGUUGCGCCCCGGCGUGGUAAAAUGAAAUCCCACAGGUAUUUAAAAAGAUAGUUGUGUUUCGAAUCAUCAUCAGUAUAGCGAACGGCUCCUUAUUAUUGUCGUGUCGUCGGUGUCUUUCGAAUUAGUCAGUUCACAACUGAAAGGAAAUUAUUCUAUGCCAGAAGGGGGAUUCCCAACCGUAACGCUCAUUACUAUAUUCCAUGCGUUAAGGGGUAUCACUAGACCCUCAGCACAUCGCGCCUCACUUUCAGGAAGACCCAACAUUUCGGAACGAUGUUUUACGAAAUUCCCCGGUACAGCCACCUCUAGAUAGUCUUCCACUGUCGUAAUUUACAGCUGCUGGCAUUAUUGUUACCUAUUUACUGGUAGCACUGUCUUUGUCAAUGCAUCUUCACCAUACAGCCUUUGUGCACAUUCAUUCGCCUCCCCGUGGAGCCGUCCUACUACCCUGCUAUUUGCCCUUUUCUCUCAAUGGAAAAAAUGGGAACACCGAGAGGAUGUGGCUUGUCCUUUAGCCCCACAGCGGGCUGUAAGGCAUGUCCAGAUGAUCGUAAAGGUGUCCUUGUGUCCUCAUUUUCAUGCAAACGCUCCAACGAGGAUGGGAUGCAAUGAAUUUAGUUGUCGAGGAAAAUCAUUAAGGCGCGCUCCUUUAUUACCCUAUCAGUUGACGUCAAAGUAUGCAUACGCCCUCUGGAGCUUCCCUUUUGCCAUUAGAGCUUUUUAAUCCCAUAUUUAUUCCGUAGUUCUAACGCUAUUUUUAUGCAUUCAUCCAGAGUAAUUGUCUCCCUCCCAUGAUCCCCCCCCCCACCUAAUUAUGGGGCAGCUUUACUGCUGUAAUCGUUCCAUCCAUCAACAGUUAAAAGCCCGAUCAGGAAUGCUGCAACGCAAACUGCCUCUCAAAUUUCAUUAACACGACUCCUUUUUUUCAGCCGCCGCAAAAUAACUGUCUUACUUUUUUCCAUCUCAGUUACCCGUAAGUUACUUUUCUCUCAUUGAUUUACUGCGCUUCCGCUCAGUUAUUUCGCAACUAACAUACGUCCUGUGUAAAAGCGCCAAUGUCAAAACUGGCCGUCGAGUACCGCAGAGUUUUGUCAAUUUGCAAAACAGCGGAUUUUUCUGCUGCCGUGAGCCAGUGUGUAGUCCGGCGUUCUUUAUCAACUUUACGACCAAAGACUCCUGUCUGUCUGUCGUGUACACUACUGACAGAAUCUCUGAAAGGACGUCUGGUCGCCUUUCGAGACCUAUGUGGUGUGUCUCUGAUGUCAACAGCCGACGCUGACAAGAAGUCCAUUGCGGUCGUUACCUAAAAGCUACCCGAAGCUGUGACGACGAUCGGUCUGCUUCGGCCUCCUAUCCCUAAAUUUUGGUAGGAGUUAAAUGAGUUCGGAAGACGUCGAAUGGGCAUGAAAAUUGACCCUUUCGACGGUGUCUUUGGGAUUAGUUAUCUGCUCAACCUAUUCAGGCGCACGUCGCUACAAAAUCCAUUUCUGUUUCCUGCUCUCAGCACUUACACGACUGCGUGCCCUGCUCUCACUGGGACCCAUUAACGCGACCUGGGAGUCCGCAUUGUUUAUGCAUACCGCUUUACUGAACUGUUAGCGAGCAAAACGUCUCGCCAUUUGUUCAACAUUCAGAGACUGCUUCAGUUCUUCAGCACGUGCCCUUGAUAAACGGCUGGCUGAAUUAACCGCAGUCUACAGUUCAAUACUAUUAUUUACAGUACGUAACCCAACAGACGGAGGGUGUCAAAAUUUACGAAUGAUUGCUAACCACUCGCAGACCAGUGCCCAUGCAUAGACCCUAUAUACAUGAUAAGGAUAAUCGGAAACAAUUUUAAGGGAAUUGAAAGCAUAAAAGAAAUACAGGAGGCGAAAUUACGUUGCGCAGAAAUACCAAUUUAAUGCAGAAAAGGUGAAAAUUUCGAGAAUAUGGAAAAUGGUGGUAAUUUAGUAAACUUCGGUUUUUUAUGUAAAGAAGCCCUGCCUAUUCAAAAAGCUGAGAAAAUAUGAUGGCGCAAAUAGAAUGUUUGACAAUAGUUUUUAUUGAAGUUUACAUCUAAAUAUCCUUUAAGAGUUGGUGUAAUGUCAGGUAUGGCGGUUUGCUAACAGCCUACAUUCUUAGUAUAUCUUCCGAAACGGUUUCCUGAGCAUUCACUGUAUUUUCUACGACUUCGCAUUGAUUAACAUAUGUUUCAAUAAAAAAAAAGCUGGAUUUUGCUUAAUUUCGCUGAUAAAGGACGUCAUAGGAGUAAAAUUUUCCUUGAGGUCACAUGUCGCCAGGCCGGUUGUUGACUAAUAAAUUUAGGUAGAUUCGGCAGAUGUGAUCGCAAACAUACUAUUUUGUGUAUAUAAAUGGAACUUUUCCUUCGUGACAUUAACGUGCACUUGUCCUUUGUUCUGGAUUGCGUUAAGUUUCAGAUCGGCCUUCAAAUAUCGCUGAGCACUUCAUGACUUUCAAUGUUUUUAAUCUAUUGCUCUUCCUUUAAGUAUAGAAUUUGAAGAAGUAAAUUUCUGCUAAGUGAGUAAGGGAAUGAAUACUUUUAUUCAUGUUUUCCAUGAAGUAUAUUAAAAUUUACGAGGGCAUCGAAAAUCAGUGAGAAUAGUUCAUGCUACUUAAGUAGUCAUUUUUUACAGUGUAAUUUUUGUAGGCGGCCGAAAAGUAGUUCGUUCGAAAGCUUACAUCCCGAAGUAAGUGUAUUAUCAUGGGAUUAUAUUGCACGGUGAUAAAUAUUACAACCCUAUUUUAAGUAAUCUUUUUGAGUCGAAAACGCAUUUGAGAAUUUCGGUUAGCAUUUCAUGAGUUAGCACGUCUACUGUAUGUAUACACUAUGUGUCCCCUGAAACGGGCCAUAUGGCAGUUGCGCCGAACCAACACGAGGAUAAAAUUGGGAUAUACCAUGCGUUAUUGGACUGCGCACCCAUGACAAAUACUACACACGGGGACGGUAGCACGUCUAGGCGCAGCCUCACGGGGCGUUAGCUAUCUGCUCCCGAUCUUGUCUCCGGUCAUCUUGACUCUGUCCUGACACCGGGACUUGUUUUCAUCCUGCUCUGGGACAUACGGUAGACAUCGUAGUUAACGACAGUCGAACUGUCGUAUGUGUUAUUUUCUUGAAGGCUUUUUCCGUAAACGACCGUCUGGGCUGUACUUACAAGCUGGCCAAAAGAGAGACUUCUUCUCUGAAAAAAAGCCACUUUCCCAUCAAAGGCCUCCGAUAAAUACCGUAGAUGUGCCGUCUCACGAAAUUUUGGCCGAAAUCUUGAUAUUUUUUCGAUUCGAAAGGAUUACUUAAGCACGGUUGUAAUAUUAAUCAUUAUGCAGCAUAAUCCUAACAUAUUUCAGUCACGCCAGGGUACCGGCUUUUGAAUGAGCUGCUUUUCGACCGUCAGCAAAAACUACACUCGUAAAAAUGACUACUCCAGUAGCGUGCAUUUUUUCCAAUUGAUUUUCAACACCCCUGUAAGUUUUAAUAUAUUAUGUAAAAACAUGCACACAAAUGUUCUUGGCAGAAUGCUCUUACCGACAAAGACAAGGGAGACUGGAAUGGCCAUUUUUGGUCUAUUAGCCGUUGUCACCCAGUCAUACCCAAAUCCGAAGUGUGAAACACUCGAGGCUCGAACUCGCGACCUGUUAGUUAGAAGUUCACGCCUCUAACCACUGGGCCACGAGCUCGUUGCCCUGUCGGUUUCGAUCGGGGACAGACAAUGUUAAGGGGCGCUCACCGAUCGUUCUUACGGAACUCUCUCGUUCCGUUGUGUUUUACUGGCUCCUGCUCAUAAUAAUUUGGUAGCGAAUUGCGUCUCCUCUAAAUUGUCUACUUGAAAAAAGGGUAUUUUGGUUUUAAAAGAGUUUCUAAUUAUGAGGCUUUUUAGGACAGUGAAAUUUCCAUAUAGCAUCGCAUCAGCACGUUUAUUAAUGCUGCUUGCGAAAUAUGGAGUCUGGUCCACAUCCACUGCACAAUUCUGCAUCCCACAUGCCGUCUUCACAACAACGUAGAGAAAUGUGUAUGAUAUUACUCUGACGGCAGCAAGUGUAACGGCAAGCCGGACAAAAAUGGUUCAAGAACUGAAAAGUUUUUAAAAUCCGAAAGAUACGCCCCCUUCAAGUAGAAAAUUUGAAAGAAAACGUAAUUUGCUACCACAUGAAUACAAGAGAACAUGUGCAUGCUUUCUAUGUAAUAUAUUCGGAGUUCUAAAGGCAUCAAAAAUAAGCAGGAAAAAUACAUAUUACUUAAGUGGUCACUUUUUGCAGAGUGUAGCUUUUAGACACAGGGGGAAAGACUCUCAUUCGAAAGUCGGCAUCUUGGCGUGACCGAAAUGUCUUAGAAUUAUGCUGCAUAAUAAUUACUAUUACAAAUCUAUCUAGACGAUCUUUUCGAAUCGAAAACCUAUUUUAGAAUUACGGUUAACAUUUUGUGAGAUAGCAUACCUGCUUAAUGCUCCUGAUCAUGGAAAAAGACUUAUCUAGUAAGUUUUCUGGUCGGAAUUUUUCGCAACAGAAAUUCACAAAUGGUCAAUAUGUCUCUUAUUUUUUCAAAAUAAUAUCAGGACGAGAAUUGACAAAUUUUGCUCUAGUGUGCACUUACUCGACUGGUACUGAUUUCUUUUGUGUACCAGAAGAGCAUAUUUACUUUGCCUAAUUCUGGGUCGUCUUAUGUCAUUAGAAAUGCGUCACAGUUUGUCAGAUAACUCUUGCCGUGCACAUUAGUUUUUUUAAAUUACAACCCCUGACCUGAGUCGUGCAUUAUUCAUGAAUUUGUGGGAAAUGCCUCCUACCCGGGGAAAUGGCUGCAAUCCGUCCACAAAAACACCUAGUUCAAAAUCAAUAGCCCUCAAUUAAAUGAAAACGUCGAAUUAUGGAAAUUAAUAUGAUGUUGUUUCGAACUAACAAUGUUUUUGAAGGGUGGAAAUACUAAAAGCUCAAAACUCUAUACCAAGGGACUAAUUUAAUUUAUGGAGGCAUGUCCCUUCAAAUAAAAAUGACCAAAACAGCAUAAGUGUAGCUACUUUUGAAAAGGGUCUCUGGAUACUUACCAGGGUCAAUAUCCGCCAAUAAGUAGUGUAGUACAACAGCCAGUUAACAGCUUGAUGUUUAUCAAAGUUUUUCCAAAUGAUUUGAUGGAUUGGAAAUUGAAAUAUAUAAUUUUCGCACUAUUCAAGAUUCAGUUAACGACGUCGGCGAUUUUGUUUGAUUUCAGGGGUGGAAAGUCACAAGGUCACAUGCCGUCUGUAUACCUGGUAAAUUUUUUUUCAUAAGGUACCUGUGUACCUUCCGGGAUCAGUGAAGUUUUUUGAGUCUCGGGGUGUCCUUAAACUUCCAGUGUAUAGUUUGUUACUUUCUGUGUUCGCAGUAAAUUGUCCAGAAAGAUAGGUCCUAUGGUUUGUGGUUGUCAAAAUCUUCAGAAUAAACAAUUGUAGAAGCUUCUGCCCACGUAUUGGAUUUUUCGACGUCCUUUUUUUCUACGGAUGUCAGUUUUGGUCGUAUCUCUAGGCCUCUGGGUGGAAAAUGUUCCCGAACAAUUUCUCUUUAAGAAUCGUUUUGCCGUGGUUUUUCCUGAAUUAAUUCCAACUUCCUUAAUUCCCCAAAACAGAGUCGGCAAAGGAUUAAGGCGUUCUACUCGUUUAUGCACUUCCCUGACUAGUAGUGGCGAAUUUUCAAUCUAAUGCAAAAAAAGGUUUAUUCCGAAAUCGUUCUUGUCGAAUUUGCUUGACUCUGAACCAAAUUCUUUGAUCUUAAAUGUGUCAUGGGUUGGCUAAGCAAAUAUUGAAAUAUUUAAUAGAUGCUUUCAGUAGGGGCUUCGUAGUUCGGGUGGUUAGAGCGUUGAUUGUUUCAAGCCUUGCUCCUACGGAGGCCACGGAGUUUUUCACAAAUGAGCCAAGUGCAAUAUCAAGAUAUUUCUUGUAUGGGUACUACGGUAGCCGCGCCUCCAAAUUGCAUAUUCACUAGAAUUAAACCGCACAAAAGAAAUAUCUUACCAUACGCCCAAAUUACCAUGCGGUAGAUGACCCUUCUUGUUGGCUUUUAUGAUAGUUAUGACUGUUGUAAGACGAAAGGCUUCUCUUCGGUCUUAGUAUUGUUUUAGGGCACAAGAUGGCAUUCUUUGCAAAUCAUGAUUUUUGAGGAGAGGACUUACAUUUUUCCAAUAAUUAUCUGGUUAUUCACGUCCUUCCUUACCUGAUUUACGUGCACAGGAGAAUUAAAAUUUCAUGUUCGUAGGGGCCAUCUCAGCAAACCCCGCCUCGUUUAGCCUUAUUUCUCCCUACAAAUGAAGUAUAUGGAAGUAUGCAGAUGUGGUCCUCGGCAAGUAAUGGCAUAGAAGAUUGCCUGGAUAUGACCAAGAGUCGGUCUCCGCCCAAAAGAUACCUUAUUCUGUUAAUGGAAAGCGGAAUCAUGCGAAAACCACUUUGUCUUAGUCAAUCGCGUCUCAAAAAAUGCGAAAAGGGAAAAUUUACAGCGAAUUCUCGUGAAGCCGUUUUGGAAUCUAUACUCGAACUUUCAAACCCAACUUAUCCCAAUAGGCCUAGCAACAUGGUUACUGUAUGUUGAAAUUUCGAGUACUUUGUUGCCCAAAAAUCCUUCGUUUUUUUCCGAAUACGGCCACACCACGUUAACUUGCGUUUCUCUUUAAGGUCGUUUUAUGCUAUUACAACUUCGAUCCCUUAACCCUGCCAGCAGUUUUUUGCCAACCAUGAUGCACUUUUAUUUCAGAAUCUCGUCUACAGCGCCUCUAUCUGUUAUCAAAUCUUCUAAUCUGCUUUAAGGUUUAUGUUUACUAUCCCAUGCUAGGCCCUCAGGGCUUUUUUGGCAGUCAUUUAUGUAGCCACCUUCGGUAAUUUGUUUUUAUAAGCCGGAUGAUGAUUUCCAAUAAUGAUUGACAGAGUCCGUUAAACUAAUAAAGGCCUGAGUAAAGUCUCCUAUCUCAUUAUCACUUUGGCAACCUCAUUAGUUUUUCACAUGUCAUGCCAUUAGCCAGUCUUUUUAAAUACUCCAAUCCUAAAUGGUCUCGCCUUUUUCAGCACCGAUCCACUUUGAGUGCGACUUAUAUCUGUUGAUCGAAAAAACAGUCUUACUUAUUAGGUUUCAGUAGCCUUUUAUGCGAUAUUAUUCAGGCUCAGUCGCCGUAUCGAUGCCUUACUCUUCUGCGCCACCAUCACCUCAUCUCAGCUGCCUGUUACAGCCAGGAUGGUGGUCUUCUCAUCACUGCGUCUUUCGAUGGAACUUGCGUUGCCUGGGCUGUACCCUCCUAUACCAAAAUACACUGCUACUGGUAAGUUUUGUUGUACCGCAUCUGUGUUCAUUCGUGUCUGCUCCAAAUGUUGCUCAUUUCCUAACGAGACCGCCUGUGUCAUGGCAGAGGCUUACUAUCGAUUGGAAUUCCUGUUGUCUUAUUGAAGCCCUCAGUUAUCAUCCAAAAAAGACCCUCUGUCCCUAGCCAGAAUAAGGGGGGUUGCCCUAACAUUCAUCUGAAUAAGUUGAACCAUUAAACAAACCUGAUACAAACACAAACUGCAGGAGUACGAAUUCCAUAAGGAAAUUUUGUUGUAUAAUUUAGUUUGGGUCAUCACUUUACGUACCAUUUUAAGAUACGCGGCGGCUUUGUGACUUUUUAAGGUUUUUAAAAUUGACAGUCCUAAGAAAAUCUUGUUCUGGUCAGAUUUGGAUAACUCAUCAUCGAAUUUCACUACAUGUUUGGUAUUGUAUUUCGUUUUCACAACUUUUGCCCCGGCAUUUUUUAAUUGUCUAGGCCUCUUAUGGUUGUUCCCUUAUUAAUGUAACUUUUCAGACGCGAAAUUGUACAGUGUUUGCGCAGUUACUCAAGUAGCAGUAACUCAGAGCCCCCCGAUAGGACAAUUUGUUAAAAUACUUUUUGUGAGCUUAUGCCCACACCUUAAGAUGCACAAAAUUUGAAAUGACGCAGCUUUUAUUUUUUAGUACUUUCUAAGGAAAAGUACUGCAACUUUUUGGAAUAAGGGUUAGAUUCUCCAUAGUCAGUACGCGUUCUGUUCCACUUUAUUGACUUCUUAUGCUCGUUUUUUAUCAUGGCCAUGCUUGUUUUCUUGGCCACCAUAUGUUCUCGGUGGAAAGCGCUUGUUGGAUUUUUACAUGCCCACUCAUGCGUAGAACGCAGUUGUUCGCAUUUGUUGCGCUUCUCUUGAAGGUCCAUGUGCGCGUCAUGCCCUCGCCCACCACUUCCUCGUUCCACGCCAGACCUAGGCGCAGCGCCGGAUAAGGCUGACUCAGUCCGGUUCUUUUCGCUCGUGGCCAACCGCUGCACUCUGAUUGGCCCUCGUUCACUGCCACACCGCCAACGUAGCGGAGUGUCGGAUCGAUGCCUGCUUUAUCAUUGGCUGAAAUCGUCGGCCCUCUCCGCUUGAUCUAGCCUACCCGUCUGCAUCCAAACCUCGGGCCUGUCAACCCAAAUUUCGUUGUCAGCGCAGCCCAGGCUCUAAAAGAGCACUUAGGUGCAGAGCUCCUAUCCAACAGUCUUAGUCUGGUGCCUGUGUCUCAUUUGUCAUAGCCGCGAAGAUUUGCCCCUGAAUCUCCAAACCACCGCGAAUGCUAGUGUGCACAUCUUCACGGUCACACUUGCACAAGUCAUGUGGCAGCAUUAUACUAGCCGAGCAAAUUAUUUUAGUUACAAUUUUCCCAUCUAAAUACCUAGUCUGAAAUCUUUGUAACUCUAACGGGCAGGUUAACUACCUUGCUGUUGUGAGGAUAUUAACCGCAGGUUCCAAGCAAUGUAUGUAUUUGCCUCUAACCGCAAAAUCUACCCCCGAUGGACAUGUGCUAAUUGUUUUUCGGAUUCACGAUGGAGUCAUUCAUUUAUGAACAGUUGUAUUUCACUUUUGACCGCAAAAGCAAAAUGGUGGGUUGAGCUGCUUCUCAGCGAAAUGCUGCCAAGUUGGCUUGCCCGAGAACAGAGGGUCAGUUCAUGCAUAGGAAGCAAAACAGGCUGCCAGAAUGAGUGAUCUAGGCAUCCCUUAUUCAAAUAUUUUAAAGAGUGCGGGCGGUUCUUGAGGGGAAGGGUUUUCGGACUGCUCAAGAAACUGCUUGUAAACUGGGACAUUAUUUUGAUAUAAAAUUUACUCAUGCAGGCAACAUUUGAUACUAGCUACACCAUGUAUGUCAACCACCAUAUCAGGUAAUAAUAAUAAUAAUAAUAAAGGCGAUAAUAGAACUAGGAGUAGCCAUACACCAGCCGGUUGGAAUGAACUCUGUGGACUCUUCGGGUGUCAAAACUAAAUCAGACAGGUGCAUCAGUGCUCGAUGCUGAAAAAUAGUAUGAUUCGAGUUCUUCGCGCCUCCUGCCGGUAGUAAAACUGUUAUAAGUCAAAAAGACACACGUAGUCGCUCGAUCGCCUUCUGGGUGUGUUAACCUGCGUUCAUGAGUGGAAGUGCCUUGAAAUUGUCCCUACACUUGAGUUCUUCGUCACUUUCCGUCUAGAUUGGACUCGAAAGAUGAGAGUAAUUUUUUGUACCAUUUCCACUUUCCAUUAGCCUUAAGACUUCACUGUUCCAGUUGCGACGUCUUACGCUCCACUCCACGUCCGUCUGUGAAAAUACCCACUUACUGCCGGCCUUAUUCCAACACUACAAGACCGUCCCAGUCUUAUCUAUUUUUCUUGUUUGCCCCUAGCUAUUUGGUUUAUUUUAUAGGCCAAGGGACUUUCAAACAAUUGUUUUUGCCAACCCAUUGCUCAGCCAAUAAAGCUACAUAAAUGGUCAAGUCUGAUUACAUAAUAACCUUUAAUUCAUAUCAAUUUUCGUGUCAAUAGGCACCUGGACUGCCCACGAAGCAUUCGACUACUCGGUGGCGCCAAUGAUUUCCAUGUCACCUCCCUUGCUUUGUCUCCGGAUGCCACGUCUUUUGCAACCAUCUGCGAGGAUGGGUGGGUGUCUUUUCUUUAAUUGACUUAUUCCUCGCUGCGCGCAGCAUUUGCAUCCUUUCCUUAGUCCGUGUUUUGGAUUUUCGCCUGUGAUUCCUCGCGCUGGAGAGAAAGAUAUCAAACCGAGACCUUAUAUUGUCAUCUAUGUUAGCAUAUUAGCAUGUAGCAACUUUGGAAGUACCUAAGUUGCCUGUAGGAUAGAUGUGCCCGACGACCGCCUUUGAUGUUGAUCUUAUGCUUGCAAACUGGUAAUCGCACUGGGUGAGCACUUUCGUGAAGUAAACGCGCAACUAAUGUACUAUGCGGACAUUCAGCGUUGCUUCGGAUCCCCGUGCCCCGCCGCCGUCAAUCAUCGCUAUCUCAAUUUUCUCUGCCACAUUCACCACAGUGACGACGAACACAACCACCCCCGUCACUAACCGAAACGCCCCUGAUGCCCUGCCAACCUACAACACCUUCACCAUCACCACCCCCACCUCCAGCGAUGUAGGCUCUACCCCAACCUGUCCUCAUUGCGAUCGCACAUUCACCUCGCGCAUCGUUUCUGUCGGUCACUUACGAACCCAUCGCACUGUUGCCAAUACAUCAGCGUUCAGAUAUACAUCCGCUGCACCCGCCAUCGCAGCACCAGCCGAUUCUACAGUCCCAAAUCCAUCAUGCCCCAACUGCCACCAAUUAUGUUCAUCAUGCAUCGGCCUGGUCGGUCACUUGUGAAUCCACUACACAGAGGCUGACAACCUAGUGCCAGGGGUACCAACAUACAGCUGCCGCAUCCGUCUUAACUGCGCAUACCGUUCACAUACAUUCACUCAUCGCAUGGGUCUACUAUGCCACUUGCGCCUUCAUGAAAACCUGCGGUAAUUCGUCGCAGACAACCACAUCAUCGCACCCCCCCCCACCCCCACCAAUACAUGCACCGGACAUACACCCCUCCAAAAUCUAACAUCACCGGCACCUCCUACGUAAGUGGGAAGUGUGUUUUUCGACUCCUCCAUAUGGCUUUUCCAAUUCAUGUGAGAUCCGAGCGUCAUACCCCCUUGCGUGUGCGUUUGGGAAGCGUGCGGUGCGUACGAACGGGCUCUGAGUCUGUCAGGCACUGCGUCUAUUCCCCGUACCAGACGACUGACCGGCACGAACAGUGGCUGGAACCCGGGGAUGGGAAUAGAGAGUGAGGUCGACGACUACGCGCACUUUCCUCAUUACAAACAAUCUGACACGCUUAAAGCUGUCACGGUGCACUAAAAGCCGUGACCUUGAAGGUCGCCAACUGACGGGAUACGUCGUACCUUGUAAUCUACCCAGUGUGUGUUUAUGUGGAGUGGCGGACUAGUUGACUGAGAUUCAGGCUGCAAUGGCUCCUUAACGUGGCCUCUAUGGCACUCACACUCCGUGUGAUCGGAGUCGGGUGUGACGACACGCCUAGGUGCAGCUCCUGCCGCGCCAGUCACCUGCGUCCUCUACCACCUCCAGUCCUUCUGAGUAUGUCGUGAGGUCAGGCUGAGGUGGGGAGGAGGGAGUGCAAUAGAUGCUUCGAAAGUCUACCAUCACUAUCAACUAAUACACGCGCAAGUCGCCGUCCCUGCUCUCACUCCGCUGUGGAGCAAACGGUGGACAUCGUCGAAAUCGACGGUUGAACUGUCAGUAACUCUGUAACCUUUCCUUAGAACAAAGCGAUCUAUCACAAUUGUCCGCUCCCUGCUGAAAUAUAAGCACUUGCUGACCCGGCCGGGCACUUAUUUGUGCAAAGGCCAUGGGCCACAGCGGCAUUACCCUGCGAAUGCUCGCCGGCCAUUCGGUUAGACCUCACUGCAUAUAGUGGCGCGAUUCUGGAACCCUAGACUAAUGUGCGAGAAUGCUGGGCGUGGGUGCUUAUCUUCAGAUUCUAGAACUGCAAGGCACCGUCUGCCCAUCAAACUGCCUCGCGAAACGGCCUGACAGCCACGGUUUAACCGAACAAUGGUCGUUGGACUUGACGAGAGCAAGUAACGCCGAGAGAAACAAUUUCCUGCUCAAAUCCAACACCAACAUCUGCGUAUAAAAUGGAGCUAUUUUAUUUAUGCGGGCAACUAAAAGCAACUGUUUCGCAGUUUCCAGUGAGUACCUGCGAGCCCUUUUCUAUUCCUCUAAGAUACUUUGCGUCGUUGACUUAUCUGAUAAGUACGUCUAGGAGACGUUUCUGUUGUGUCUUGUGUUAUUUGCCUAAAUUUUACUAUCGAGGGGAUUCAUGUUCCGCCAUGUCACAGGAAUCAUUGGUCUAUGGCCCUGUAGGUUAGUCAUGUAAACUCUGACAGUGUUUUAUACUGCACUUCCAGUAUAGUUACUGGAUAAAAACACAGACACGUGUUUUGCCGAUUUUUCUGCCGCUGUAUGACACAACUGCGAGGGUUUCAACUCCUCUGUCUGUCCCCCAGUCUGCCGUAUCGUAUUUGACAUUUCGAGGCUGGUCCUAAAAAGUUGUGUCCUGGACACUUAACUUCACCCUACCGCCGAUCGCCCAAGCACUCAAGCCAUUAACCAAAUUACGAACGUCAUCUAACGAAGACGGUAGUUGACGAACGAAUGACUAGUAGUUGGGUAUUAGGUGGACGAGUUUAACGCCAGUGUGGCGUAUCAUUUGCUCCUAAGCCUGACACCCAACUUCUUUGCUCUCUCUUGCCACGGCCACUCAUAUGCAUUUAACCACGUGACUACAUACUUUCCUGUUGCAAUCGCAGUCAUCCGAUCCUCCCAGGCUGGUGUGAAUCGAGUUUCUCCUUGGCUCCCCUUUCUUCUUAAACUCGACCACUUCUCCAUCAAAGUAGACGAUUUAGUCGCCACGUGACUUUUUUUCUCAGCUCUCCGAGUGACAUAAUCCUUAAUCUUUCUGGUCCACAAGUCCUACGUUCUAAUUUAGUCUAGCUUCCGUGCUUGAGUAGUGUAGUAAUAUUAAGUGCAUGGACAGGUUGCAAAUCUGGAUUUCAGACUGAAUUGUUUUUGAAGUAGUCGAAUGGUGUCAGUAACUGUGGUUUGUCUAUGGUAGUUAUCAACCAUGACCUAUUUUCUACUCCCACCCGCUUACACCACAUUUAUCCUUCUCGUCUUUAUCAGCCUAGUAUUAGCCAUCCUCUGGUCGCGAAAACAUUUAUGCUAAAUUAGUAGACAUUUUCAUGUUUGCGCCUAACAGUUUUUCCCGGGUUUCUGGUCUAAAUAUGGUCGUCCAAACACACGUCCAAGCCAUUCUUCGCUCUAUUCUCCCCAGGAACCUGAGAAUCUGGCCGGUCUCGCCGUCACGUGAGCCCAGAGUGUUUUUGCAUGAGGAUCUGAACCGCACCGACAUGCGCAGACGAACCCUUGCCUUCAGUCCCUGCGGUCAGGUGUUAGCCAUCGCGUAAGUCUCCUGAAUUCUCAUUUUGCUGAUGCAAGCUAAAAGAUGCGUCCUAGGCAGCAAUUGGGCAAGAGACUCGAUGACUGGAUGACUUUUGUUCGCCUGAGAUUUCGGAUUAGCACCCAUCGGAGACAGCAACAGGUAAGGACAGUGUGCACGCACAGGGGUCAGUUGCUACGCGAGCACAUGCCUAUCAAAGUUAGCGGCUACCGCAUUCACCACAGAUGGCCGUACCGAUGCGAUUCCUGGUUGAUUUCCUGCACCCGAGUCGUUAGUUGCUGCAAUUCAAUCGCCAGCAUUAUUUAUUGUCGUGGUAAUUAGUCAACCACUUACCUCACCCAUACUAUCAUCGAAAUCGCUGUCCGCCAGUACGCUUCCUAUGUGAAUUAAAAUAAUUUUUAAGGGUGUUUGGAGCCAAUAGUUGGCCGCGUAAACGAAACGAUAGACAAAAUUCAACCGGUCCCAAAUUUUGUCGGACACUCCCGUAUAGCACGAGCAUCUCGGAAGUCGUCAAGCGCCUUCUCAUGUCACUUGGAUUUGGAGUCGCAAACAGGUCGGACGCAAUCGUCAGGCGUCAACUACUGAUGCCGAAAGGCCCAUGGCUACGGCAGGAAACGUCUGGACUCGUUUACCGGAUCUGGUGCAGUUGCGGACAAAACAGCUACUUCGGGGAAACUUUGUGUUUAUCUCUAGCGUGAAUGACCGAACGCGCGAGACCAGUGAGAAGGAAUGGCACCUACUUUCACUCUACGGGAACCGGCUACACCUUCGACUGGGCCGAAAUUCUUGCGGAAGGCGGCAACCGUAUGGGCUGCGAGCUGCCUCGAUCGUGGUUCUGCGGCCUGCAGUCCGUCACCAAGCGCAGCGACCUACCUUUUAUAUAUUCAGCACUCACACUGUCCAGUGAGUCAUAUAGUCAAGUUAUUAUUGCACCAAUGACUGACGUUGGCGAUUGAAUUUCAGCAAUAGCCGACUUAGAUGCAGACCACCGAGCAAUUAUCGUAUCGGGUGCGGCCAUUAGCGGAGAAUGCGGAGUUGCUAACUUUGUCAGGCACGUGGUCGCGUAGCAACCACAUCCUAUGAAAACUCCAAUUCCUGUUCGUGCACUACCCCUCUCUUUUGCUGCCUCUGUGAGUACGAAACGUCAGGCUGGCGAAUUCCUCCAGUUAUAUCUUCUCGGAGAAUCCUCCAUCUGCCCUCAAGACUGCUCCUUCAAUCUUAACUCGGUGUUUUUUUAGGUUUGGUUUCUAGUUCUGCUUGUUACUUCUCUGCAUCUAAAAUGUUAGGACAUCAUUUUUUUUCAGGAAUCAGAGGAUGAUCGGCAGCUCUCUAAACUAGCGCGAAGGCAAAAUCCUCGAGAAUGCUAGCCCGUUAAAUCCAGGCCCUUGCUGAUGAGGACGUCGUAGUGGCCAAAUUAAGACUUGGGUGGAAUUGGUAAUAGCUGACUUCGAUCCGUGGGACCGGUGUGCCAACUGGCUCAACUCAGCUCAGAGGCAUGCCAUUGACCAACAGCAAUGGAAGGAAAUCGCUCGUGAUACAGCGAACCUGUAAAGUGAUGUCAGUGAAAUUGGUCACGAUGGAUGCCAUCACAAGUAACUUAGUAAUUACAUUAUCUUGGGACUUGAAGCCGCAAGUAUGAUCCACAUCAGCUCUUCUUUCUCACCCUCUAACGACUGUUUCCUCUAGUCGUUUCAGAGGGGAAACGGGCAACUGAUAGUAGCGCCCGCACGAGGCGGAGGAGUAGUAGAGGAAAAUGUGACGUCCGUUGAGGUUCCUAAUCAACGACUUUUUGCUUACGAUUUUAAUAUCCAGGCAGUCAGGUGCAUUCAACUCCUUCUGUGAGGCAUUAUGAACUUCUAUUCUUCUCUUUUGGCAGUUUGCAACCCUAUCCCUCAUCCUACUCCAGUUAUAUCGAACAUGUUUAGACACAGUAUAUGGCCUAGGCAUUCAAGCUUGUCAAAAUACGGGAGAAAGGAUGCACGCUAUCCCUCACCACGAUAACUAAAUCUGUUGUCAUGUUCUUUUGCCCCCUUCACAUCAGUUUUAAUUUCGAAGACACACACGGGUCCAGUAAACACGUCGUUACCCUUUUUGCUUUCUCGCAGCAUGACGAAUUCGGUGAUAGACCUGCUUAUCUAUCAUCGAAGACAGCCACCCGACCUCUUCUCCCUCUGCCUGCGCACUGUUCGCCGCCGUUUGGUCCAGAACUUACUCGCUCCGCCCACUGUUGGUUCGGCUCUGCUGGCAGACAUUGUUAGGUCGGCCAGCGCCCUCGUAGCCGAAAGACCCUCUGCGGCCCCGGCUGCACCAGAGCACCCAAACACCACCCUGUUGUCGCCAACACCGCAUCAAACGGAGUGUUCACCGCGUGCUCGUCUGCGUUGGUCUGUUGACGUACGCGAAAUGCAUUUAUGCCGAAACCUCCUCUUUGCUGCUCUGGCCAUCCUUCCAGUACCGCCCAGGGUUUUGUCUUCCCUCUGCUACGGCUUCGUGCCCGGCCACUCCAGUUUUAUCACUCACCGACGCUCCGUCAUCGCGCCCUCGCAGGUCCAAACCACUUGA